AUGAGCCAUUCUUCUUUUUAUGAACCACGUUCCAAAGUGACAGUUGUUGGAAGUGGCAAUUGGGGCAGUGUUGCGGCAAAGCUCAUUGCUUCUAACACCGUUAGACUCAGCUCCUUCGAUGAUGAGGUAAGAAUGUGGGUGUUCGAAGAGAAAUUGCCAAGUGGGGAGAAGCUUACGGAUGUAAUCAAUAGAACCAAUGAAAAUGUCAAAUAUCUCCCUGGAAUCAAGCUUGGAAAAAAUGUAGUUGCAGACCCUGACGUUGAAAGUGCAGAAGGCAUUUCCCUUGUGAAAGGAAUGGAGGUGAAGAAGGAAGGGCCAUGCAUGAUCUCCACCCUCAUUUCCAAAACAUUAGGAAUCAAUUGUUCUGUUUUGAUGGGGGCUAACAUAGCAAACGAGAUAGCCUUGGAGAAAUUUAGUGAAGCAACGGUUGGAUACAGCAAAAAUAAAGAAGCUGCUGAGAAAUGGGUUCAGUUGUUUGGAACUCCCUAUUUCAUUGUGUCAGCCGUCCAAGAUGUGGAAGGUGUCGAAAUGUGUGGAACUCUGAAAAAUAUUGUGGCCAUAGCCGCAGGUUUUGUUGAUGGCAUGGAGAUGGGAAACAACACCAAAGCUGCAAUCAUGCGAAUUGGUCUGAAAGAGAUGAUAAAGUUUUCAAAGAUGUUGUUUCCAUCGGUUAAGGAUAGCACAUUUUUUGAAAGUUGUGGUGUAGCUGACCUUAUAACCACAUGCUUGGGUGGAAGAAACAGGAAAGUUGCUGAUGCUUAUGCGAAAAAUCAAGGGAAGCGGUCUUUUGAUCAGCUUGAGGCAGAGUUGCUUAAUGGCCAGAAAUUGCAGGGUGUAUUAACUGCAAAAGAGGUUUAUGAGGUUCUAAGUGAUCGAGGAUGGGUAGAGCAGUUUCCACUCUUCUCAACAGUUCAUGCAAUCAGCAUUGGUCGCCUUCCACCUUCCGCCAUAGUCGAACUUGGCGAUUCCAGGUCGGCAAAUAAACAGGUUGGUAACAGUACUCUUUGAAGGAAAAGAAGGAAAGCCAAACUACUCUUACCUGACGUUAUGACCAUUAGUUAAAUUUUUUGCAGUGCAAGUAAUUAAUGCAAUAGAUUUACAUACAAUAAACAGAUUUAAAAGCCCAUCAAAAUGAUAUUAUCCAAAAUUCAAACUUGGAGUCCACUGAAGAUGAUGAAGCCGAUGAUGUGAUGAAGAUCUCAUCAA